AUGUUAAAGGAAACUAAAAAGUUUAUUGGUAAAUCCCUUCAGCCAGCACGACCUGUGCAUCAUCUGUCUUCUAAACAAGCCAUUGCGUUAAACUUUCAGACUGAAUUACCUAGCAACACUGAAGUAUGUUUGCAGAGUAAGGUUGACUGGUUAUCUGAAAUGACUGAAGUGAAGAUCUUAACUCAAACUGUGAUGCCUUGUCAACCAAAACAGCAUGAAUCAGAAGCAAAAAAAGAAAGGAUCAAAUACAGCAGAGAUUUCCUUCUGAAACUUUCAAGUGUUUCUCUCUCUCAGAAGAAGCCAGAGUUUCUUCCUGAUCAUCCAAUUGUACUUGAAAAGCCAGAAAAGAGCAACCCUUUUAUUGACAUAUGCAAGAAGUGA